AUGAAGCGAGAACCGAAGGCAGGGGUUUUAGCUUUGGCCAUGAACCUUUUUUUGGACCUGAGGAACUACCAGUACAGUCUGUCGGUGGUGGAGGGCCUGAGGAUCCACAUGGAGAUGGGCCACAGCUACAUCGAGAUCCCCAAAAACAGCUUCAAUGAGAUGCAGAAGGUGGUGAAUGCAUCCAACGAGCACGUGAUCAGUAUCGGAGCCAGGUUCAGCUCGGAGGCCGACUCUCACCUGGUGUGUUUCCAGAACGAGGAGGGGAACUAUCAGACGCAGGCCAACAGCAAGCCUGGCAAGACCCGCACAGUGACUGGAGCCAGUUUUGUUGUGUUUAACGGAGCACUGAAAGCCUCCUCUGGAUUUAUUGCCAAGUCCAGCAUAGUUGAAGAUGGGUUGAUGGUGCAAAUCCCCCCAGAGACCAUGGAGUCCCUGCGCACCGCCCUGAGGGACCAGACAGACUUCCAGAUACCCUGCGGCAGGAACGAUGGAGGAGAGGUCCGAGAAAUCGUCACUGUCCGCUGGGUCGACCUGAGUUCACCCGUCAACACAGGCAUUACCAGCGGGGUGGAUGGCAGACCUCUGGAUGGGGUCCGCAGUGUGAGGGUGCAGCAGGACACUGAGUUUGAGUCUGACGGACGCACCAUCAGUUGCACAGAGGUGUUCUACCAGCUCAAGGCCCCGGACAGCAACUUCUCGUCGGUGCUGUCGUCCUGCAGCGUGUUCCAGAAGGAGAUGGCUCUGGCCGCCUGCAGCGCUCUGACGCCUCACCUCGCUGUGCUCGCCUCCAGCGGGAUCAACUCCCUCACUCUGCGCAUCUCUACACAGGCUGAUAUGGUGGAGUACCAGGCGGGCUGCGGGGGCCGGCUCCUCCCUCAGCGCUACAUGAACGAGCUGGACAGCGCUCUGAUCCCCGUCAUCCAUGGCGGGAGCGCCAGUGUCCCCCAGACUGCCAUGGACAUGGAGUUCAUCUUCUACAUCACACACACCAUCUAAUGCACAUGCAGACACACUAAAACAAGUAUUGGAGAUGGCUGAGCACAGAGAGAAGCUGUAGAUGUUGGCGGGACAUGCCAUGCAACAUGUUUGCAAAGUUUGGACAUGCAGCCAGUCGCAGCGGCACAACACUCCCCCCCUGAGGUUGGGAGUGUACUUUCGGAGGGAUGUAAACUGAUUUUCUGUUAUCGAAGUGCUUUCCGUGCUCACCAAAGCUGCUUUAAUACAAGAAGCCUAACACUAAACAAGGAUUACGCAACAUGACCAAAUACAACCAAGCUCUUCAGCCCGUUUCUUCUGCUCUGCCUUCCAGGCUCCCUGCUGCCUCCGUCAGCUCGGAGCUCAUCAGUGAAUGUUUCCCACAGGCGCUCUAUCGACAUGUCUCUCAUUUGGAUGUAUUUAUUAUAUUUUAUGGGCUUAUUGAAUGAAAUGAUGGUAUUAAAGCAAGGGAUAUUACUGACUGUAGUUUUCAGUACUUCGGAGGUGAUACGUGUGAUCAGGUGCUCGCCCCGCUCUUAAAAACCGCAGGGAUAGAAAUAAAUCGCAUCUCAUUUCCUCUCAAGGUACUAUGCUCUCAUCUCAUAUGCUGGGGUAAGAUGACACUGCACAGGAACACUCCGGGCCUCAUGCAGGAAAACAUUUGGGUCCUAAACUUCUGACAUUUUAUUAGUAAAGUUUUCCUUCCACCAUUGUUUCAGUUAACUAUUACCAAACUCAAAAACUCAUUUAAAAGUGAUAAAUGAAACCAAAUGUGUGGAUAAGCAUAAUCAAGGCCACCAAAAAUGAAUGAAGGCGAUGGAGGUCAACGAGAACAUUUGACAGUGUUGUAACAUUUUCAGGUGCUGUAACAGGAAUGAAAAAUAGUCAAAGCUUAUCGUAAAUUUGCAGCCAUACAUGAUGGUGAUAUGUCGAUAAGAAUAUGAAUUUACCAAGGAGCUUAUUUUGUGUUUAGGUAACAUAUUUAAACUCCUCCAUAAUUGCGAUUUUUAAGUCAAACAUGUAUUGUUCAACAGAUCCGGACUAUAAAAUGAGUUAUUGAUCUAAAGAAAUGAAGUGGAUUUCCGGAUCCUUCCAUGAGGCCGGCUGUGUGUCAGUAACAGGUUGUGUGUCCGGAUGAAGCUCAGCUCAUCUCCACAGGAGGAUACAUGUGGCUUUAUAAUCCAAGAGGUGAUCAGCCAUCUAGAGCUUCCUCUCCAUGCUAAGAGUGAAUGUGUCCGGUGUGUUGGAGCAUCCUGUCAUGGAUCAAACUCAAGUUAAUUUAAAACAUUAGCAUUACGUUUUGCUUUUCUUAUUUUCUGCUUCAGCUAAAAAUGUCUAAACAUGUUUACUUCUGAUGGAGCAUGUGUUACUUUAUGAGCAGCACAGCGUCCUCUUUCACGGCUGAAAUACCAAUGAUUUCUUUACUUCAAGAUAUUUGACGAUGUCUCCUUCAGGGUUUGAGUUAAAUGAUCAGAUUUUGCACACCUGAUGAGAUCUUUACAUCACAUUGUAUGGCUCUGUAAGCAUUUUGAAGUCAUCUCACACUUUUUUGCAUUUUUAAAAUUAAGCAAUUCUACAUGUACAGGCUUUUGUGAACACUUUUAAAUGAGAAGAUUACUGAGAAAUAUCGUUAUUGGCUUUCUUGCCAAGAGAGGAGAUUGCUCGAUCUGUUAGUGAAAUAUAAAGAAACAGCCAACGUAGCUGUAGCUUCUUAUCUAGAGCACAGACACCCGAGUGAUAUCUUCUAACUCGGCAAAGAAUAAGUGCGUUGAUUUCUGGAAAUUAUUUAACCAAUGCUUAAAGAGAUCUCUUGUGUGUGUCCUGAGGGCAGUAGAAGUUCUCUCGUGUUUUGUAUGGAGCAGGAACUCAAAGUGUUUUAUCAAAAUAUCCAAAGCAGGCUAUAUGUAUUUUGUAUUUAUUUCAUGUAUUUCCCAUUAGCUUUAAGGCUCUUUCCAACCGUUAAAACACAUGUAGGUUUUUAAUCAGUCAAUAACAACAGGGAUAACGUCGCCCUUUUUGCUUCACCAGCUUGUCUUUAUCACCAAAUGUAAAGCUUGUUUCAAAUGCCAGUAUCCUCGUACGAGUGAUGUGGUUAAAGGAAGGACUUAUGAUAAAAGUAUUAUCUUUAAAUUCAGAAUGAAAGAGCGCACACAGGUUGUAUUCCUGUAAAAUGCAUCCUGGUUAGCAUGCACUGUUUAAAGUAGCUUUGCACAAUUCAAGUCUCAGUUUUUUCAUCUCGUCCCAGAAGCCCCCUUUUCAGUUUUUGUCUAAAUGUAUAAAAGAAAAACUAAGCGUAGAGAUUUGUUUUCGUUUUGGUGUUUUCUUUUUAAAACAAUGAAGAGUUAUUUUUGGAAUCAUUGGUACAAAAGUAAAAAUAAAACAGAAAAAUAGUUCAUAUUUUUGAUAGGACAAUAGGCUACAUUCAUUUUGAAGUUUGUGUAGCAUCUUUGAAGCACUGGGAGGAAUAAUAAAUAAUAAAAAAAAACACUAGACAGUUAAUCGCAGAAAUUAAAAAAAUAUAUAAUUUUGUCAUAAGGUGGAAAAUGUGUAAUCCUAAAAUGCAAUGCAUAAAGAAUGUAUAGUAAAGUGUAAAAAUCUAAAUAAAAGCAGCUUUACACCAGCUGUAAGCUUUCU